GACGUUCAUAGACCUGGCAGUGUUACAGCAGUUUGUUUACACACAAGUUGCAAUGGCGACUAUCACUGAGCUCAAGUGUGCUGUGAAGGAAACUUUGGAGACCCGCGGUGUGCUGGGCCAGCUGAAGGCUCGUAUCCGGGCGGAGGUGUUCAGCGCCCUGGAUGAUCAGCGUGAACCGCGGCCGCCGCUAACCCACGAAAACCUCCUCAUCAACGAGCUCAUCCGGGAGUACCUGGAGUUCAACAAGUACAGAUACACAGCGUCAGUGCUUACAGCAGAGUCAGGCCAACCCAAAGAUCCAUUGGACAGACAGUUCCUGGCAGAUGAACUGAAAGUCUCAGAGGAUGCAAGCUCCAAGUGCGUACCUCUUCUCUAUGGUCUGGUUUCUCACUUCCUGAACAGCAGUGAUAAAGGAGGGAAGGUGUUUCUGCGAGGUGCUGCCAUCAGUAAAACAGUCCCUGGACCUGAUGUUUAAAGUCACUAAUGAUUCUGAUGGACUGAUCUGAAUUGCCAAAUAUAUUUCCUAAUUUCUUUUUCUUUUCUGUUUUCUUUUUUUUUUUUUACUUGACCUUGAAAGUGGUGCUGCAGAUUUUAAUGUGUUGUUUUUUUUCUUUGUUUUAGGAUAAGAUUACAUGCCUUGAUGCAUUUUAUAUAAUUGUUUUACAAAUGUUUGAUAUUUUAUGCUGUCUUUUAGAACCUCAAAAUAAACAUUUCUGUCUGUAAACCAC